UAAAACUGCACUUGCGCACUGAGUCUCUUCCUCUCUGGGCCCAGACCUAGUUUGCGGCGACAUGGCUAAACGCACCAAGAAGGUCGGAAUCGUGGGUAAAUACGGGACCCGUUAUGGUGCCUCCCUCAGGAAAAUGGUGAAGAAGAUUGAAAUAAGCCAGCACGCCAAGUACACUUGCUCCUUCUGUGGCAAAACAAAGAUGAAAAGACGAGCUGUGGGGAUCUGGCAUUGUGGCUCCUGCAUGAAAACCGUCGCUGGUGGCGCUUGGACCUACAACACCACUUCUGCUGUCACAGUAAAGUCUGCUAUCAGAAGACUGAAGGAGUUGAAAGACCAGUAGAAGCUUCAUCAUUUGAAACAUUACUAGCCUAUAAUAAAUGGGUUAAUUUAUGUAACAAAAUUACUUUGGCUUGUUGUUAAAUUUAUUAAUUAGAUCUUUCAAUUUGUGUUGCAUUAGUUUUGCUUUCUCAAAGGCCUUGGAAAUUAAAAAUCCUUCUAAUUUUUAUUGGAAAAGCGUGCUGAGAUUGGAUUUUCCUAAUACAGCUUUUUUUUUUUUUCCUGUAGUCAAAUGAUAGAUAUAAGAAUAUAAGUCUUAGAGGUUGGAUAUGUGUCUUUGCUUUCUGUAGGUGUAUCCUUGGCCAAUUCAACUUUUUUGAGCUACAUUAAUUCAAAUUGUGAGGACUUUUGUUUUUAGAUCAUGGUUAAUUUUUUUGUUUCUAAAGGUAGGAUGACAUAUACUGCCUUCUAACUUAAUGGGUGUUUUGUCUCACCACACGUUUUAUCAGCAUCUUCAGGAAACAAUAUGAAGCAAUUAGAAUUUUAGGACAGAUUUUGCAGAUGUCUACACCAUUCUCCAUUUUUCACUUUGCAAAGAAGGAUGGACAGGAUUGAAUUACACAAGUUGGUGUAGAUGGUCAGUUACACUAAUAAACAUGAAGAUCCGUGGAGGAA